GUCGUGCUCAGCCAACUCUGGAAAUGUCAGAUCCAGCUGAACAAGAUAUGAAACAUGCCCUACCAAGAAAGAUGAAUGAGUUUGCAGGUUCAUUGGCUAGUAAUCUGACAUGGGCAGUGGGCAGUUGGAGCAAAGAUAUGUCCCACCUGUUGUCAGAGAACGCGAGACUGUCGGCGGAAUUACAGGACCUGAAAGAACGCACAGCAAGUGUGGCAUCUGAACGUGCUGUUAGAGACCGACAGAAUGUGGAGGACAUCACAGAUCCCAACAGGCCAACACAGAUUGGGCAACUCUAUACCCAGUUCAUUGAUGGAGAUCGAAUGGAUGCAGUCGAUGCACUUCAGAAAGAGUUCCCAGAUAAGCACUAUGCAAAUCAUAGGCUUGUUUGUGAGAUAUUUGAGGUUGCUUUUGAAGUUGCAACGGUGGCAAUCACAAGUGUACGAGAGCAUAUUCCAAGGACCUUGGUGAAUCCAACAUCUCUUCGCACACCAUCAGUAAAAUCACAGCAAAAGCAGCAAGCAGGCGAAGAACCUAUUGAAGUUUACUUCAAAUACACCACAACACCUGAAUUGGAGAAACGCCGUAGAGAUGCAGACAUUAAGAACAUCACUGAUAGCAUAUCUGCCUAUCUGAGGAGGACAUCACGCAGUGUUGACAUCACGGCUAUGAAAGAGGAUGUUCUGUCAGACAUUGAGAAGAGAUACCCACCUGAGAAGAGAAGUCUGCUAUUCAAGAAAUUGCGGCUCGUGCAGAACUUCAUUUCAGAUUGCUGCAAGUUGGCCUGGCAACUAGUAGUGCAGACCCCAUCCAUGCACAUUCAGUAUAAUGAUAGGACAUUUGAUAAGAUGAAGCAUGAGCAGUCAAAUAAGCAGUCUUCCACAAGUAAAUCUGCCACUAGUACAAGGAUCCGUCAUUACUUGUGGCCAACUUUGCUUUACAACCUGAAUGGCAAAGUCGCCUGUAAGGGUAUUGUGGUCACUGGGGAUAGUGAAGUCUAGAGCCAAAAUAUGCAUCCCAAAAACCCAAUGCUAAUAAUAUUUGCCACUGUUACUUCCUCUAGAAAAACAAGCUAACUAAUCAAUUGAUUUGACUAUCAACAUGACUUAACAAUCAGUCGUAUAUUGUAUUUACAUUAAUAUUAGUCAGGUAGUCAAAUUGAUGUUAAUGUGCCACUUACCCUAGUUACUGUUAGAUAUCAUGAAGCCUACAUGUAAAACUGAAGGGUGACUCUCCUCCAGUGACACACUUUAUUUCUCUUGAGAAAAUAGAUACUCUUUACCGAAUUACAUUAUGUGACUGACUUAUGAUACACAUGUACCAUAAAGAAACAAUAGUGCAAAAUUGACUUAACUAAGGAUAUUUUUGUUUAUUACGGCAAUCUCCAAAUAACUUUUCUUUAGAUUAAGAUUAAAUAAAUACGUGAGCUAUUUAGUAUCUUACAGUCAAUAGCUUUGAAGUUUAUAUACACAUGUAAUACAAUAAAGUACAUGCAAUUGCUAAACACUUUCAUUUCAAUUUGAAACAUAUGAGUUGAUUGCUGUCUCUCAUAGUCAUAUUUGAUGCGUAUUUGGCAGCUUAAUGUUGACCAGAAGAAAUGUUUCUAUAUUAGUCAGGAUGAGGAUAAAAUUUAAUGUAUUGUUAAGGUCAGUCAGCAGUUAAAAGUUUCAACGUCAUAUUUCUCUUCUAAAGGAUUUUUAGAAAUGCUGACGUGAAGUGUUUCUUGUAAUUAUUCACCCCUCGAUCCUACCUAAAGUAGCCUCUGCAUAUGUGCGAAUGUUAGUCAGCGUACUGCAUAAUGUUAAAGGUUGUCACCAUGAGUGUUUCUAGAUUCUAUAUACUUGUUAAACGGUUAGGUAGCUGAUUGAUUGAAUAUAAUUUUCAUCGAA